AUGACCCCUCAGGGAACAGUCGUGGACCUGCACCGGGGGUACGUGGUAUCUGUGAACUUUCUCUUCCAGAAAGAGCGUUAUUGCCCUUGA